CAACGCGAAUACCGUCCAAUAAAAAUGUCCAUUUCAAAUCCAACUGAAUUCAAUACAUGCGGUGAAGCGAUCCAUGAAUUUUCCACAAACGUCAUACGCACGAUCAAAAUUCCAGACAUUUCGGCAGAGAGCUUGAAAUAGAUCUACGACGAACAUAGCGUCGAUGCGAAAUUCCUGCUUUAUGCAGUUCCCGAAGAAUAAUACGAGAGACGCGCUUGAUUUACAUGUUUUUUAAAUUAAAACCAGCCCCACCGAUAUCUGAUCUUUCCAGAACGCUUUGGGAUCGCAGACGUAAAAAUAACAACCCUACACCCUCUGUAUUUGUAUGUUAAUGAAGACGAUUGCAUCAGUCUUUCGAAUCUGUUUCCAAUAUCUUACACUAGGGGAAAAAUGCUUACUCUCCAAAUGCAUAGAUCGACGAUUAAAAUACUAUAGCAUCUGCAGGGGUCCUUUAACGUCCACUUUGAGUCGCGAACCUUUAGCGACGUGUACACGCAGAGAAAAAAAAGGCAAUUUAUAACCCAGCUCCGGUCUCCCUUCUUCCAGCUCGUAUUUCCGAAGCGAUUGAGAUUAAUGUUUUCAUAGCCGCGAAAUGCGGAUUCGAGUCGUAUCGGGCCGUUCUGAUACAUCCUCGCAGGAUCCGAAUAAUACGCCGACAAAUUUGUCGUCGUUUCCUCAUACCUCAUACUUUGUCGUCACGUGUGAUUCCCUGACGAAGGCACACAGCUCCUUUAAAGAGAUGAAAGUUAUUUUCAACAAUAUUAAUUCUACUUCAAGUCGGCUAUUUAGAGCUUCCGUCGCUCGACGGAAGUUUUAAUUAAAUGCAGCGGCUCUAUGGCUCUCCGAAGACUAAUGAAAUACGUUAAAAAUGUUCGCACCGCCCGCCGUCGUUUCUUUAACUUCGUUUUGAAUUAUUUAUUCCCAGCGCGCGCACCUACUCGCCUGUAAGAUAAAACGUGAUCCAUCGGUAUAAUGAAGGCGAGCGAUAAUUAGAGGAGAGAAUCGGAUAUGAUGUCCGAGAAAACUCCUCAAAUAAUCAUCGUCUACCGCACGUGUAAGCGUAUUUUCGCUGAAUACUGCAUUUCGCGUUCUAGGAACUCCGUAUGCUAUGGGCGUAUCGCGCGCAGGCUAAAAUCGCCAAAUCAGCGAGAAUAAGAGAAACGAUCGUUUUCAAGGUCGCCGCGAUGAAAGCCUAAGCCGGGCGAGCGUGCGCGUUUAAUUAAUAGGAAGGAAAGCCACUUUCGCUGGCUUCCGGUCGCUUUGAGCCGGACUCCGUAUGUUCGUGCGCUACGAUCGGCUACUUCGGCGUCGUGAGCUUUACUAAUCAGACAGCUCUCGCUUUCCUUUUCCAUCCAACUCCGGUAUGUCUCAACGGAUUACGCAACAAUAAAGCUCGACCGUAUAGUCAAAGUAGCUUCGAGCAAUGGUUAUAUCAAAUUCAACCAUAGCGAGCAAGCUCUCUCGGUGCGGUCCACCGCGUCAGACGUCCUCGGCUCUAUUCAUGGAAUGUCAUCCCGGAGUACAGAGCGCGAUCCAUAGCUAUGUACCAUUGUCCACAUGCAACCAGACGGUACGCCGAUGUCAUCCGUGCAAUUCCACCGAGGAAUCCCGUACAUCAGUGAGAAAAGGGGAGACUCUCACGACGCGAGAAGAGAUCCAUGACGCGUUGGAGUUUCGAGAGUUCGUCGCAAGUUCGAUUGCCAUUCUGAAGAUGGGAGCGUGAAGAGAUCUCGGUUAUGUAGGCUGCUAUAGAGGGCGUGGGAAAGUGAGAACGACUCGGUGUCUCUCGGAGCUUCAUCGCCGCUGAUUAAACGUUUGAACCGAGUGCGUCUGAGAGAGAGAGAGAGAGAGAGAGAGAGAGAGAGAGAGAGAGAGAGAGAGAGGGGCACUCGGCGAAAUUGUCGAGGGUCCUGCAGAGGAGAUGAGAUGGUCUUCGGCUCGUACAAGCGAUAAAGCUUACGGGUUCUACACGACCUUAUACGCGCGGUUUUACAAGUGUGGAGUGUGUGUGUGUGCGGACGUUCAGCUGUUAUUCGAUUAAUCUCGAAGGGAAUCGAUGAUUACUCCGCGGCUAUGGCUGUUUUCCGUGAAAAUUGAUUUGGAAAAAGAGACGGGCCGCGGAAUAAAGUGUCGGUAAAUACGCGAGAUUCCGCGAUGGAACGAGUUAAUCGAUGUGGAAUAACUCGCGUUUGAUUGCGCGAAGAAUGCCGUAAAAAAUAAUUGCACCUCGAACUGUUAUCGAGCUCGCGAACUUCGCGCGGAAUUUAUUACGCUUUGUUCCUUUCAGUUUUUAAAUAAACAAGAAAUUCAAUGCCAACUGAAUCCGAGCAUGAACCACAGCGCAUCACGUGCGCGCGAGUUAAUGCUAUUUGUACAGUAUUAUUGUGUCUGCUCGCGCCGCGUGCGAGUUUAAAAUCUGACUAAAAAUUAUUCGCACCCGUGUCGCAAAGCUCGGCGAAGCGCGAAAUUUUCCGCGUUUCUUCGAAUUUCACGCCAUUUAUUCGAGCUAUACCUCCGCUCCACGAAACGCUUCGCACAAAAACCAAAGUUUCCAUACACACACACACACACACACACAAAGUGUUGCGAAACAAUGACCCGCGAUUCUCGCAUGCACUGAGCAAUAAAGAGCAGCCCAUAAAUCUAUUCACACUGCUGCGAGGUUCGCGCGCCAGCGGCGAGAUUUCACGGAGUGGACGUACACGACAACCCGGCGAAAGUGCGACGUGCCAAGAGAGGGAACACAACACAGUAGCGGCAGAGAAAAAGAGAGAAAGAGACAGAGAGCGAGCGAGUGAGAAUGAAAAAAAGGAAGAGUGGGAAAAAAGAAGAAUUAAUGAAGUCUCGGGACAUUCAGGACACGUAGAGGCCGGAUAGCUUCCGCGGUAUUUAACGCCCCACAGCACGGCCGAGCGACGGAAUCGAGCCUCGAUUUUCAUAGACGCUCCACGCACACACACAGCACCUGCUGCAAGAGCCGCUAUUUUGUGUGCAGAGCCUAGUCCUUUUUCACGCUUCGCCUGACCCUUGUCCUGUGCUCUGGAAAAAUGCCGCUGUUGCAGAGGUACACACUACUGACGCUGGCUACUUUGGCGGUGAUCCAAGUUGCCCGAGCCGAGCCUCCAAGCAGCAGCAACGGCGUCAGGCCUUCCAACGUGCUGGGCGGCCUGGAGCAACAUGCCUCGUUCAGCUUUGUAAGGCCGGGCCUCACGCAGACCGCCUUCGCUUUCAACGGGCCGUCCUCUCAUCAGGCAUUCAGCUCGAGCGUCGGCGAUCCUCAUCUGGCGCAACGAGUCCUGCCCAGCGUCGCCAACGCCCUCGCUUACCGCAAUCCUGGAUUAGGCUACUCACCGGUGAGCCCCAUCACCACGGCCUACGCGGCAGGUCCACAGCCGGCGGCUGCGGCAGCUGCUGCCCCGGUUGGCGCCUAUCAGCAACAGCAGUACGACUACCAGCAACAACAGCAGGACUUGGCUUUGGCCUACCAGCAGCAGAUCCAGCAGUACCAACAGUACCAGCUGCAACAACAGCAGCACCAGCAACAGUACCAGCAACAGCAGCAACAGCCACAGCAGUACCAGCAACAGUACCAGCAGCAAAUCUAUCCCGGAUAUACCCAACAAGCACAAGCUGAACCUAUUGACGCGGCUAGCCAACAGAACGCUGUGCAUCAGGCUCAUCUUGCUCGACUUGUCGCCUCGAGAUUCACCGGCUCUCAAGCUCAGCCAAUAAGCAGCGAUGCCGAGCAGAUUCAGCUUCAGCAACAGCAACAAGCACAACAGCAGCAGCAAAAUGCAAAUCUGCUGGGAGUCGCGUAUUCGUCGGCACCGUCGGUAGCUCAUGUUAAAGUAAGCGGUAAUGGUUAUAAAUUUGACUUCUGACGAGGCGAUUUCACGCUUUCGUAAAGUAUUUAUACCGAUGCGCGCGGUUUAGGUUGUUAUUGAUUUGCUCGGAACGACGAGUUGGCAGCUGGUGAAAAAUCAAUCGACUUUUACGUUCUGCGAAUUGCCGCAGACAGUUUACUGAACAUCCAAAAGUGAAAACAAUUUUAGUAGUCGUAGUAAAUAUUGGUUGUUUAUUACAUGAUAUAGGUAUUGAGAAAGAGAAAUUUUGGGCUUUGAGUGUAUUAAUAUUUAAAAGGACUUUUAGAAAAAAAAGUGGAAAUUAAUAAACAGCUGUGUAUGUAUAGCGCUUCAACUUUAUACUGCCAGAUAAAUCUGUUGUUAUUUAAUAGUAUAUUGUGUACCAAGGACGUAAAGUGGGCUUUUUUAGGCCAAGUGUGGAUUUUGCAGUACGAGUCAAGGCGAGUUAGCCCGAGCCGAAGGCGAGACGAGUACUGCAAAAUCCACGAGGCCAAAAAGCCCACUUAGCCCUUGGUGCACACCAUAUUUUAUGUAACGCGCGGACGUAUUUUCGCGUUUUUUCGUACGUGUUAAAAGGAACUGAUGUGACUAUUUUUUGACACGGCAACCGUGCUCUUGUCUUGUUCAAACAUUAUAUAAAAUAAAUAAAUAAUGCAAAUUUAUCAAAAUCAACUUUUUUUUUAAAUUACAAAAAAAAAUUUUGCGGGCAAUGAAGACUUUUUAGCGGGCAAUAAAGGCCAUUAUUGCCCGCUAAAAUAACUUUUUUGCCCGCCGGUCAAAAAAGAGUCACUUUAGUCCCUAUUAAUAGGUACGAAAAACGCGAAAAUCGUGCGCGUGUUACAUAAAAUCUUUUGCAUCAAUACUUUCAUCCACUGCUAUAUUGUAGAAUAAAAUAGAGAGUUAUGACAAAAGUGAUGAAUGUGUGAAUUUGAUUUUAAAGAGAAUUCAUAAUGAAGAAUAUUUGGAUUGAAAUUGCAUUUUUGUAUAAAAUAAUAAUGCAAAUAUAAUUCUACGAUUUUGUCGAAAAUGGUUACAGUACCUAUAGUGUUGUAGAUAUUAUCAAGAUGAAAUGAUCGAUAAUUUAGAUCAUCAAUGUACAUACAUGCCUUUUUUAUACUGUGUACUUGUUAAUAAUAAAUAUUGCUUA